UUCUUCCCAUGUGACUUUAUUAUUACCACCUCUCUCCUCUCUUCCAAAAAUCUCCAAAAAAGGGUGGGGAGUGGGGGAAAAGGGAAAGAGAUCCAGCAGACACCCAACCCUGCCUUUCUUUCCCAGUGACAGCGAACGCAGAGCUGAUAAUGCUGCCUCUGCUCUGCCGUGUUGAUGGCAGCCUGGCAGAUUAAGACCUGCACUUAACUCGCAGCUGCCUCCCAAGCCUGGUUCUGAGAUGUCCACGCCCUGGGUGACAGGCAGCCCAGCACUGCCCUGUGCUCAGGAGGCAGUGCUGAAUAGCAUGCAGUGAAAGCCUCCUUACUGCCGCCGAAGAGCGACCUAAUGUAACGGCACAGCCAACAAGAUGAACGGAGCUUUGGAUCACUCAGACCAGCCAGACCCAGAUGCCAUUAAGAUGUUUGUCGGACAGAUCCCCCGGUCGUGGUCAGAAAAGGAGCUGAAAGAACUUUUUGAGCCUUAUGGAGCUGUCUACCAGAUCAACGUCCUCCGGGACCGGAGUCAGAAUCCUCCCCAGAGUAAAGGUUGUUGUUUCGUAACAUUUUAUACAAGAAAAGCUGCACUUGAGGCCCAGAAUGCGCUGCACAAUAUUAAAACUUUACCUGGGAUGCAUCAUCCUAUUCAGAUGAAACCUGCAGAUAGUGAAAAGUCAAACGCCGUGGAAGACAGAAAAUUGUUCAUAGGAAUGGUUUCAAAGAAAUGUAAUGAGAAUGAUAUCAGAGUGAUGUUUUCUCCAUUUGGCCAGAUAGAAGAAUGUCGGAUUCUCCGGGGACCCGACGGGCUGAGUCGAGGCUGUGCGUUUGUCACAUUUUCUACAAGGGCAAUGGCACAGAAUGCAAUCAAAGCCAUGCAUCAGUCUCAGACCAUGGAGGGCUGUUCUUCACCUAUCGUGGUGAAGUUUGCUGAUACUCAGAAGGACAAAGAACAGAGACGCCUCCAACAGCAACUUGCACAGCAGAUGCAACAGCUCAACACUGCCACCUGGGGGAACCUGACAGGGCUGGGCGGACUUACCCCACAGUACCUGGCGCUUCUCCAGCAGGCCACCUCCUCCAGCAACCUGGGUGCAUUCAGUGGCAUUCAGCAAAUGGCUGGCAUGAAUGCUUUACAGUUACAGAAUCUGGCGACACUGGCUGCUGCCGCAGCAGCUGCCCAGACCUCAGCCACCAGCACCAAUGCAAACCCUCUCUCUACCACAAGCAGCGCUCUGGGUGCCCUCACAAGUCCCGUGGCUGCUUCAACCCCCAACUCCACUGCUGGUGCAGCCAUGAAUUCCUUGACCUCUCUUGGGACUCUGCAAGGACUGGCUGGAGCCACUGUUGGAUUGAAUAAUAUUAAUGCACUAGCAGGUACCAUAAACAUUGCUCAAAUGCUCUCAGGUAUGGCGGCUCUGAAUGGAGGACUUGGCGCCACAGGCUUGACGAAUGGCACAGCUGGCACCAUGGACGCCCUCACCCAGGCCUACUCAGGAAUUCAGCAGUAUGCGGCAGCCGCACUGCCCACUCUGUACAGCCAGAGCUUGCUGCAACAGCAGAGCGCUGCGGGCAGCCAGAAGGAAGGUCCAGAGGGGGCAAACCUCUUUAUUUACCACCUUCCACAGGAGUUUGGCGACCAGGACAUUCUGCAGAUGUUCAUGCCUUUUGGAAAUGUUAUCUCUGCUAAAGUCUUCAUUGAUAAACAGACCAAUCUGAGCAAGUGCUUUGGUUUUGUUAGCUAUGACAAUCCAGUCUCUGCACAAGCUGCAAUCCAGGCUAUGAAUGGCUUUCAGAUCGGCAUGAAACGCUUGAAGGUGCAGCUGAAGCGCUCCAAAAAUGACAGCAAACCUUACUGAUCUUAACCCCAGAGGCUCCCUGCUCUUAUUUUAGCUUUCUUAGGACAUCUUCAUGCCCGUUAGUUCAUCGUUUGCCUAGCAUGUCCCUGUGGCGUCUCAAAAAAGUUUCAUCGUCCCGUCAUUGUUUCUGAUGUCUUUCUGACCUCACAUCAUAUUUGGUUCUCCUACUGACCUUUGAUCUAGUUUGACCUUUGAAAUUUGCAUGUGACCUCACCUAGCUAUGAAUUCUGGGAAGUCAAAUGUGAAAAACAUUGCUGCAUUUCAUGCAAGACUGAAAUUAUUAGACAAAUUAUAGAAAAAAAAAACCUGUGGCAAAAAUGUUUUUCUUUUUUUUCUUUUCAUAAAACAGACUUGAAAGUAUUAUACAGGGAUUGGCAUUCUUCCCGGUCACUGGUAACAAUAGCAAUAUGUGUCCAGGGACACAGAAUGUUGGUUUCUAACAGACUACUUCCAAAAACAGUUUGAGAAAAAAAACUGUCUGAUUUUAAGUCUCUAGAGGUCUGUAAUAGUUUUUACAUUUUUCAGGCAGUGUAAAGUUUUUUGAUAAGGCCAUUUUAGGUGGCUCACUUUCUCAUUAAGAUAUAUAUAUAGAACCACUUUUUGUAGAUUAGUAUAAGAAAAAUAUUUACCCUGUUUUGGGGCAAAUGCUACCUAUUUGUGUCACCUUUUGCUGAACUGACUCACAGUUAGACAAUCCAUGGUUUAAUGCACAUGAAAUUACCUAUAUUUUAUACUGUUUCAAUGUACAGGAGAAAGGUUACUGUAAACUGUGUUAUGUUGGUGCUUCUGUGAAUUAAGUUGUGGUUUCAUCAUGAGUCUUAAGGUCUUAAUGUUCUUUGUCGAUAAGACAAGUUUAGAAUUGGUUUACUUAAAACAAAAAAGAAUUUCAAAAAAAAGUUGUUUGCUUAAAAAUAAUUUCAUGUGAGGAAAAAAAAAACAAAAACCUAUUCCAGAAUAAGUUUUGUGUUGGCUUGUGAAGCAUUGAUGUCAUUUUUUUUGUGUGGACUAUUUAGAUGUGUUUGUGUUCAGCAAAAUGUGAUGUUUUUUUCUUUCUUUCAAAGAAAAAAAAGUGAAAAUAUAUAGUGCCAAAUUCCAAAGGUACUUCCUUCCUAGAGCUUCAGUGUGUUUCUUGUGAGAAGUAAUUUGAUAACAUGGGUAUUUUAUUAUGUGUUUUGUAUAAAUCCCUAAUAUUUAAAAAAAAAAAAAGGUUAAAAGUUUGUUAACUUGCUAUUCUGUGGUCUUGUUGCCUGGAAUUGUUAUUGUUUGUUACUUCUCUAUGAUGUUUUUGUAAGACAUUGUAUAAGUGCCCAUGUCUCACUUUUUAACCACUCUGCACAUCAAUGCUGUGAAGGCAGCCUCACAAUGUAUUUUCUUCAUAAUACAUGGAAACCUCUAAGGUGAGAAAGUUGUGAACUUUAACCCUUUCUACCCAGAGCUAUCUGGAAUGUUGGUAACUUUUUAUACUGUCAUCACUUCAGUUUGUUUGGGGGUGUUUCUAAUUUGGAAUUUUUCCCACACAUCUUCUAAGUUUAUUAUUAUUAUUUUGCCCUUCAAUUGAAAUCCAGAAAGGAAAGGACAAAACAAUUACACAAGACAAAUUUGAAGAGAGGAAAACACUCUAAUUUUUUUCCUAUACCAACUUCUUUAUUUCUGGUCUUUUAUUUUAACUUCCUAAUGUGCUGCUGGAAUUUGAAUUCCUGAUGUUCUGCGCUCCGCUCAAGUUUAAAUUAACAACAGUCUACUGGACAAGCCCAGAGGGGCAGUAGGUAGCUUUCUGAGAUUCUGUUGAGUGGUAUUUUUCGUACAUCUUGUAGGUAAAUGACUUCGGGGGGUGGGGGAGGGAGGGAAAUGGUCUUUUUGAGAAAUCUUACUUUUUUACUGAACACUCCUAAAUGUUCAGUCAGCCAUUGUGAUGCGGGCCCUGACCCCGUGGGUACAGCUGUGUGAGCCUGGUGUCUGCAGUGAGAAGCUCUUGGUCCUGUCCCUGCCUUUUGAGUUUUCUAGUUUAACAGAGCAUACGUAGGGACUGGCCAUGUAAACAGAGCUUGAUGCUUCACCACAGUUACUUAGCCACUUUUUAAAGCGUACUCUGACUUUGACUGUACAAACAGUUGACAAACGUUAAGGGCAUAUCUACAGCCCCAACAGGAACUCCAGCUUUCCUGAAAGCAGGCCCCGGAAGCAUCUUGGUCUCAGCUCUUUUCCUGCUCACCCACCCUGUUUGGUUUAAUAUGUGUGGAUGUGAUAGCCUUGGGAUGGAAAGGAUUAGCCUCUAAUGAUGCAAAAAAAAAAAAAAAAAAGUUUCCUUCUUAUAGCACAUGCACUUCUAAUGAAAUGAUUUGUACUAUUCUCACACGUGUUUACUACUGCCGGGGCCUUCCUUCAUCCUUUGAGGGCUAUUUUGUACUUCCUGCAGCACUCAGCUUAGUAACAAAAGUGAUCUCACAUAUGUCUCUCAUAUACCUAAUAGAUGGUGGAGUGUAGAUACACACAUAGAAACACAAAAUUAGCAAUCAAAUCUAGUCAUUUAUCAAUUACAUAGAUCUCAAAAACUCUUUUCUCAUUAUUUUUCACUGAAGCAAACUACCCUCUUAACUCACCUGCAUCUCCCCCGGAGGAAACCCAAGUACAGUUGACAGGUUCGGGGUGGGCACUUCUACUUGAGCAUUUGAUUUUUGCAGGCAAAAAUGGGGGGAAUUUUUUGUUUGUUUUGUUUGGUCUUUGCACAUUUCAUUGUUAGAAAAAUAACCCUCCUCAGUGACAAAUUGUCCUUUUAUCUUUUAGUAUCAAAAGGAAAAAGCUGCAAGGGUGCAAAGGGCCUGUGCCAGAAGACAAAACACAGGGAAACUGCUUUUUUUAAAAAAAUCAAGUGUAGAAAUAGUCAUUUUUAAACUAAAUUAGAGAAUUGUGGUAAAAUGGCAGUCCUCAAAGGCGUAACAAGUUCCUCUUUCUUUCACCAUAGGGGUUAUAGUUCUUUGGCUUGUGCUACUCUGGAAUCAUUUUACUGUUUGUUUUUAUUAUCUUAAGUGCUAAUUAAAAAAGAGAAAUAAAAUCUUAAAAAAAACUGUAGUUUCAUUAACUUUUUGAAUAAUGUCAUACAAAAACUGUAUUUGUGUUUUUGUGCUGUGAAAAUUGUUGUUUGUAGAUUAAUAAUAUCAUUUUGUUUAGAAUUACAAAGUAGUUUUUAAAUAUUGUCUGAGAAAAGCCAAAGUUAAUGCAACAUAGUGGAAACUGUAAGACCAUUUGAGUAUUGUUUCUGUUUUAUUGAUGCAUUUGGAUUUUGUUGUUUGAUGGAAUUUGAGCCAAAAAAAAAAUGCAGGCUUUCCUAUUUCUACAACUGAUUGUACUUAUGCAUUUUGUACCAGUGGAACUUUUUAUACUGGAGAUUAAAAAAAAAAAUGGAAAUUUCCGUGGCUUAACUCUAUGGCCACCUGACAAUGACUGAUUUCAAGUUUGAUUUCUGGUCGAUAGAAAGAAAGUUCUUUUGAGAAUUAAAAACUUUGGCUUGAUUUUUUUUUCCCCUUUGCUUAUAUCUAGCAUUAGAAUUUUGUCUUAAAAUACAGCGGUAAGUUUCACUUUUUAUUCUGUAUUGUGCAGUUACACAAUAAGGUAAUUAGAUUUAGAAGUACUCAGUCUCUUUAAGUGGAUAAAUGUAUUAGUUAAACUUUAGGGGUUUGCUUUUUUGCUGUUUAGAUCAAAGUUUUUUCUGAUUCUUCUGUCCUCAUUGUGAACAUAACCGUGUAGUUGAAACAGUCAAACUUAUUUUUGUAAUGUAUGUUAUUGUGUGAUGCAGUUUUUUGCUUCUGUCUCCAAUAUUAAACCAUUUUCCUAAUA